GCAAAACCUUGAAGUCCCUCCUCCUCCGUCACAAGCCGCACACAAAGUAGCAAGAGAAUGUGGAAGCUGACGUCACGAUUCCGGCCGCAUAUCAACUCGAACUCAUGGUUGAUCCGGCACUUCAGCAGUGGAGAAGCCACGGGUCUCUACGGCUUCGACCAUCUUAAAACAGCCAAAGGAUUUCAACGUUUCGUCGCUGAUGCCAUUGAAAGGUCUGGGGAGUUAGUGAGCUACAUAUCAGGAAUGCCUUCUUCCCCAGAGAUUAUUAAAGCCAUGGAUGAGAUUUCAGACACGGUUUGCUGUGUUGUUGACUCUGCUGAACUCUGUAGACAAACCCAUCCUGACAGGGAAUUUGUUGAGGCAGCUCAUAAAGCAGCAAUUGAUAUGAAUGACUAUCUACAUCAACUUAACACAAAUCACACUCUGUAUGCUGCGGUGAGAAAAGCAGAGCAAGAUUCCAAUCUGCUUACAGAAGAAGCAAGUAGGACAGCUCAUCACCUCCGUGUGGACUUUGAACGGGGUGGCAUUCAUCUUGACCCUGAGAAGCUAGAAAAAGUGAAUAACUUAACAACCAACAUUUUUCAGCUAUGCAGCGAGUUCAGCGAAAACAUUGCUGAUGAUCCAGGACACGUUGAUAUAUUUCCAGUGUCACGCAUCCCUCGACACCUGCAUCAUCUUCUCACCCCUGUCUACAGAUUCAGUUCAGGGGGUCUAAGAGGGUCUAAAAGAGCAGCUCACGCUUCGAAACAGAAGGGAUUUCGGAUACCUACUGAUCAACGAACCCUUUCUUCCAUUUUGCAAUGGACAUCAGACGAAGAGGUUAGGAAAAUGGUGUAUGUUGAAGGGAACUCUGUUCCUCAGGCGAAUCACGGUGUUCUUGAGAAGCUUAUUGCUUCACGCCAUGAGCUUGCCCAGAUGAUGGGGUGUAAUUCUUACGCUGACUUCAUGGUGGAGCCAAACUUAGCAAAAUCGCCAAAGGUUGUGACAUCGUUCCUACAAGAACUGAGCAGGACAGUCAAACCAAAGGCGGACCAAGAGUUUAUUGCCAUUAGAGACUUUAAAAGAGAGAAAUGUGGUGAUAAAUCAGCAGAACUAGAGCCAUGGGAUGAAACUUAUUAUACUUCAAUGAUGAAAUCCUCUGUCAAUGAUGUGGACACAUCUGUUGUAGCAUCAUAUUUUCCUCUGCCUCGGUGUAUUGAAGGCCUAAAAGUGCUUGUUGAAUCAUUAUUCGGUGCAACAUUCCAUACCGUUCCUCUGGCUCCAGGCGAAUCCUGGCACCCAGAUGUGAUUAAAAUGUCUCUUCAUCACCCAGACGAGGGUGAUCUAGGGUAUCUAUACCUUGACUUGUAUUCAAGAAAAGGCAAGUACCCUGGCUGUGCUAGCUUCGCAAUCAAAGGAGGACGCAAGAUCUCUGAUACAGAAUACCAACUUCCUGUUUUGGCUCUUGUUUGCAACUUUUCACGAGCUAGUGAUUCCUCAGUGGUGAAGCUUAAUCACUCUGAAGUUGAAGUUUUGUUCCACGAGUUCGGACAUGCUCUUCAUUCUCUGCUCUCACGAACGGAUUACCAACACUUUUCCGGUACUCGGGUGGCUCUUGACUUGGCAGAAAUGCCUUCAAAUCUAUUUGAGUACUACGCAUGGGACUAUCGCCUCCUGAAGAGGUUUGCUCGGCAUCACUCAACCGGUGAGACUAUCCCCGAGAAGUUGGUGAAGUCAUUACAAGGUGCCAGGAACAUGUUUGCAGCAACCGAAAUGCAACGCCAGGUGUUUUAUGCGUUGAUCGACCAAAUUCUAUUCGGAGAACAACCAGCGACACCAAGAGACGUGAGUAAACUCGUGGCUGAACUGAAACGGGAACACACUAGCUGGAACCAUGUAGAAGGAACACAUUGGCAUAUACGAUUCAGUCACUUACUGAACUACGGAGCAGGGUACUAUAGUUACAUAUACGCCAAGUGCUUUGCGUCGACCAUAUGGCAAUCAGUAUGCGAAGAGGAUCCGCUUUCGUUGAGCACGGGGACGCUGCUGAGAGAGAAGUUCUUCAAACAUGGAGGAGCUAAAGAUCCAGGGGAGCUUCUCAAGGAUCUUGCGGGGAAAGAGAUCAUUAGUGUUCAUGGUGAAGGCAUAGUCCCUGCAACCACAUGCCUUUUAAAUGAGCUGAAACUGUGAUAGAAGGUGGAAAAGUAUGUUUUGUAACAAAACAAAAGAACUUUUUGACUUCAGCUCAUAACGAGUGUGUUUCUAGUAAA